AAAAGGACAUUUCGAGGAAUUCUCUUUGGUACUUGCCAAUAAUACCUCGCCUUCAGAGGCUAUACAUGUCUCGAAAAAUAGCUGAGCACAUGACAUGGCAUUUGAAAUGUUGUGGUGAUACGGAUGAGGUCAUUCAUCCAGCACAAUCAGAAGCAUGGAGACAUUUUGAUCAAAUUCAUCCUUCUUUUAAAAGAGAACCUCGUAAUGUUCGAUUAGAGAUGUGCAUGCGACCAGAGUUUACUUUUCUUACAUUGGUCAUUGCAGGUCCAAAAAGCCCAGGUUAUGGCAUGGUGGCUGGUUGGAGCACUCAUGGCCAAUUGUCAUGUCUUUACUGUAUGGAGAUGACACAAUCUUUUUAUCUUCAAAAUGGUCGGAAACCAUUUUUUUUUGAUUGUCAUCAUCAGUUUUUACCAGAAUCACAUUCUUUUAGAUUUGAUCAGAGUAAUUUCUUGAAGGGUCGGGUUGAAUUAGGCAGUCCUCUUCCUCGAUUGGAUGGUGUUUCAAUGCGUCACCUUCUUGAUGUGUUGUUUGGGAAACCCUUUGAAAACCAAACAAUUGAGGGUUUUGGGAACAUCCAUAAUUGGGUGAAAAGGUUAUUUGGGAUGAAAAGUCAUGAUUGUCAUGUUUUCAUGCAACGACUAAUUCCAGUUGCUUUUCGUGGUUUAUUGCCAUCUGCUAUUUGGGGUUCUUUGACCGACAUUAGUAACUUCGUUCGUUCACUUUGUUCCUUGGUCAUUAAAGUUACUGAGAUGCACAAGUGGGAGGCAAAGAUUGUUGAAAUAAUUUGUAAGUUAGAAAUAAUAUUCCCCCCAGCAUUCUUUGAUUCUAUGGAACAUCUAGCAAUUCAUCUUCCAUAUGAGGCCAGAGUUGGUGGUCCUGUUCAAUUUCGUUGGAUGUACCCAUUUGAAAGGCGCAUGCGCAAACGUAAGAGUACCAUAGGAAAUAAAAAUCAUGUUGAGGCAUCAAUUGUUGAGGCAUUUAUAUUAUACGAGAUAUCCCACUUCUGCUCUCGUUAUUUUGGGGAUGAUGUUGAGACAAGUUGGAAUCAGCCUCUAAGGAACUAUGGUGGCAUUGGAACCAAUGUCCCAGGAACCACCAUUAAUUCUCCAAAUGAAACUGAUUAUUAUGGUGUCUUAAAAGAGGUGAUCGAGUUAUUGUAUUAUGGACACUCAUGCCAUCAAGAGACUAUAAUAUUGUUUAAUUGUGAUUGGUAUGACACGAACCGAGGAAUACGUGUCAAUGUUGAACACGGAAUUGUUGAUGUCAAUACAAGGUUUAAACUUUCAACGGGGGAGCCAUUCUGCCUUGUUAGUCAAGCACAACAAGUUUAUUAUACUCCAUAUCUGGCAGCCAUGGAUAGAACUACCCGGGGAUGGUUGGCAGCAUGUAAAAUCAAAUCUAGACAUCUAAUUGAGACCUCAUCUACCUCAUCUUCAGGAGAGGUUAAUGAUAUUUUUCAAGAUGAUGACCCCUCCAUAAUGCAAGGCUCUUCAUUUGCUAUAGAUUUAACUGCAUACCAAUCACUUCAACUAUGUGCAAAAGGUGUUACAGAAGGUGAGGUUGAUGCUAAUACAUCUGAAGAAGAGGAGGACUAUGGAGAAGAAAAAGAUUCAGAAUCCUCAGGAAAUAGUGAUAAUGUUGAGGAUGAAUGUCUGGAAAUCCUGCAGAGUGACAAUCUCAGGGAUAAGAAGUUGAAAUGGGACAAGAAGUCAGCCUAUGUCCCAUGUUGGAUCCCAACUCAUAUAUGGCCUCAGCUGCUGACAUAUUGGGACUCUGAUGAAUAUAAGAGGCUCAGUGCAAGGGGAGCAAAGAAUAGGAGCUCUGGGGAAAGGGUGACUCACACCACUGGGUCCAUUAGCUUUGGCAUUCAUGAGAUGCGGAUGACUAAGUCUAGAGGUGGUGUGCAACCUCCCCAUCAGGAGAAAUUCAAGGAGACGCACACCUUCAGAAAAAAGGCGGGAAAGGAUCAAGAGCCAGCGUGGAUCAAUGAAAAAGCAAAGUAUCGAUAUGAUACUUAUGUUGUGGAGUGCACAGAUAGUCAUGGCUCUGAUGCUAGUUCAUGGCCAUGCAUGGAUAACGAGGCAUGGGUUAAGGCUGUUGGAGGCUGCUCAUCUAAUUUCAUGCCAGGGAGUGGCUCCCAAGUAAAUCUAGAGAUGGUUGGUUUUACUUACAAGAAGAGACAACCCCGAGAAAACUUAAUAGCAGCACUGAUGGCGUCUGACUAUGAGGAGUUAGAAAGACAAUGCCAACAAAUUGCUCUGAUGCAACAGCAGCUGGCCAAUAUGACAGAAGCUCAGAAUAAUAUGAGCCAGACAAUCGCACAGUCUGUUGCAGCGGCUCUAGCCGUUCAUAGCAUCUCCCCUCAGGCAGGUCAUCAUCCAAUUGCCCCACCACAGCCGUCACAUGGUCCUAGCUCAAGUCUUCGCAUGAAUUCAGCUUUCACUUACUCCACUGAUUCUACACAAACCUCUCCUAUGGUCCUUGAAUGUCAGCAGCAGCGGUAGUUUCUGCCUCAAGAUGAUGAUGCAUACCAUCCUACUUUUGAUCCAGACUAUUAGGGUCCUUAGUUUUUUUAUUUUUCUACUACGCACAUUAUCUGCAUACUUUGCAUGGUUAGCUUUAUUUCUAUUAGUACUUUAAACUGUUAGCUUUAGCUUUUAUUACGAUAUAUUUUCUUAUUUUGCUUGACCUCCAGUGAUCAUACUUUAAAAGGAAACAUUAGGAGAUAAUCAUUGGGGAAAUGGUGUUUUGCAAAUCUUCAUCUAUUGAGAUAAUAUUUAAUUAAUUUUUUAGGUUAUCUAGUUGUAUUUUAACUUUGUCAUUUUAUUCUUUUUUUUUUUAAGUUAUGUUUUAAUCUUUAAUUUAAAUAAAUAAAUAAAUAAUUUUU